AUGACCUCACCAGCAGCGUCCAAUCCCAGCAAGCUUGGGGAACGAGGCACCGCCCUCAAACGGUCACAUCCGGAGGCCGAGCGGAAACGCGAGCGAGCUGGGCGUGCGCCCUUGCUUGGUGCCCUCAACCCGCAUGGCGGAGCCUGGGCCUACCUGGAGCUGUCGGAGCUGCGGAGCUGCGCUCUGGUGUGCAAGCACUGGUACCGCUGCCUGCACGGCGACGAGAACAGCGAGGUGUGGCGGAGCCUGUGCGCCCGCAGCCUGGCCGAGGAGGCUCUGCGCACGGACAUCCUUUGCAACCUGCCCAGCUACAAGGCCAAGGUACGUGCUUUCCAACAUGCCUUCAGCACUAACGACUGCUCCAGGAAUGUCUAUAUUAAGAAGAAUGGCUUCACCUUACACCGAAACCCCAUCGCUCAGAGCACUGAUGGUGCAAGGACCAAGAUUGGUUUCAGUGAGGGCCGUCAUGCAUGGGAAGUGUGGUGGGAGGGCCCUUUGGGCACCGUGGCGGUGAUUGGAAUUGCCACAAAGCGGGCCCCCAUGCAGUGCCAAGGUUAUGUGGCAUUGCUGGGCAGUGAUGACCAGAGCUGGGGCUGGAAUCUGGUGGACAAUAAUUUACUACAUAACGGGGAAGUCAAUGGCAGUUUCCCGCAGUGCAACAACGCACCAAAAUACCAGAUAGGAGAAAGAAUCCGAGUAAUCUUGGACAUGGAGGAUAAGACUUUAGCUUUUGAACGUGGAUACGAGUUCCUGGGGGUUGCCUUUAGAGGACUUCCGAAGGCCUGCUUGUAUCCAGCAGUUUCUGCUGUAUAUGGCAACACAGAGGUGACUUUGGUUUACCUUGGAAAACCUUUGGAUGGAUGACAGUGGCUUUCUGGGAUCAAAGACAGUGGCGAAGAAAUCUACUUGUGGAAAGUAGAAUCAUGAAGUGACAAUGUCAUGUGUGCAUGCCCAAGAAACAUCCUGAAAAACAUGAAGUUGUCAACUGGAGAAGCAGCUCUACUACUGCAGAGAUCACCUCAGUGUUUCCUCUUUCCGCUGGGCCAGAAAAAUCCUCAGGGUUGCAGUUGGUUGAGUGGGCAGAUGGCAUAUGUAUGUUGCAACAGAUUCUGUUUCUAAGCUAGCAGUGUGUUCUUUCCAGUGUUAAGGUGAGAGUUAGAGAUGCUGUCAAAGGGAUAAGAUAAAGAAGUAGCAAGAUUUCGAGGUGGUGUGCUUGUGAAGGAAGAUGGAUUGUGUCCACAACUGCCUGCUCUUUCUCCAUUCCCCUUUCCAGCCAGCCUGACCUUAGGAAACUAUGAAAGUGGUUGGCGUUUAUUUAAUAUUUUUAAUAUAUUGAGAGGCAUGGUCUGCCUGGGCUGCACUUCUCUAACAAUGAGAAAUAAAAUUGUGCAGCUAUUUUAAAAGUUGUAUAUAUAAUAUGUAUGUAAAAAAUGUAAAAAAAGAAAAAGGACAAAGGGGCUGCUUUGUUCUAGUUCAAUUAAAAACCUCUAUAUGGUAUAAAAUUAGAAUAAUAUUUGGGGACUCUAGGCUAGCCACAAAGAAGAGGAUUUUGAGAUGAGAUGUGUUGUAUUGGCUCAUUUUGUAUUAUUUUUAGCCUAAAAGUUCCCAUAGCUCGGGCUGGGGAUGUAGCUCGGUGGCACC